AUGUCGGACGAAGAGCUUCUCGCAUUUGCUCAAAGGUACCAGGCCCUCACCCUGGUCCGUGAUAACUCGGACGACUUGAUCAAGGACCUCUUGACCCAUUGCCAUACUGCCACUUCGACGUUGCGGAGGGAGAAAGAGCAGCUUCAGGUUCAACUUCAAGAUGCCCAGCUCGACCUUGCCGACGCCACCCAGUCACGACGGGAAUUCCAGCAGAAGCUUCGUCAAGCUGAGGCGCGUGUUGGAUAUGUCACCCAGGACAUUGAUUAUUUGAAGCAACGCAAUCCUUAUGUUGCCAUCCUUAUUGAUGGAGAUGGUCUCCUUUUCAAGGACACUUUUAUUCGACAGGGCCUUGAAGGUGGCAAGCGUGCUGCCUACGCACUCAGAACCGCAAUUUUGGCCCAGUGCGGCGAGCAUGCCUCGGAGAUGGAGGUCAUGGCCAAGCAAGUUAUCCUCGGCAUCUCCCACGACGCCUCUUAUGCACCGUUCCUGGACCAGAUUCUACGAGACCAGGAGACCCGGCAGAGAGUUACCCUUGUGGAAGGUUUCCCCACUGUCCGGGAUCUUCAAGCUACCGGGGUCAAUAUCUUGAAUCUCAACGACGCUAUCUUUCGCGCCGACAAAUUGGUCGAGAGGUCACUCGCCUCAGCACUGCCCACCCCUCCGGUCAUGGUCUCCCCUCCGACCAAGUCUUCUACUCCAGCCUCAAUCUCCAACAACUCGACGUCGUACGCGGGCAUCGUUACUAGCGCAACCCCGCCUCCGACGCUCACCAUGCCGAUCCCGCCGAAGAACAUCCCAACCAAGCCGUCCAAGCCGGCCCCCUGGAACCCCGGUGCGCGUGGAGUCGACACGCCGCUCCAUGUGAACCAGACGGCGCUGGACAACAUCAAGAAACGCAAAGACAACACCAAGCUGUGCAACAACCACUAUCUUCGCGGCCCCUGCGCCAAGGGCGACUCGUGCUGCUUUGAACACAAGUACAGGCCAACACACGACGAGAAGGUCGCCAUUGCGUUUCUGGCUCGGCUGAAUCCAUGUACUAACGGACAGGACUGUGAUGUGGAGGAUUGCAUUUACGGACAUCAUAUCACCAUGUCCCACGCCAGGGUAGAGGAGGUCGAAGACAGCGACAUCUCGGACCCCUCCGAGGGCGACAUCGACGACUUUGACGACAACGACAUCAUCCGCCGCGUCGACAAUGACAGGCCACAGCAGCAGCAGCAGCAGCAGCCCUCCUCAUUACCCCACCGGCCGAGGCAACAGCCGACGCAGCAGCAGCCGCAGCAGCAGAUGAUGUCCUCGUCGACCCCGGGCAUGGACUUCCAGACCACGCGCAACCCGCAGCAGUACGGCUCCUUCCAGUGCCUGUACCCGUGCUACUUUGACGCCUCGCGCUCCCGCGCCGAGGGCCGCCGCGUCCCGUCCUCCCUCGCCGUCGAGAACCCGCUCGCGCGCGCCAUCGUCGACGCCUGCCGCCACCUGCGCCUGCGCGUCUUCUACGAGCCCACCAAGCUGCACCCCAAGGACUGGGCCAACCCGGGCCGCGUCAAGGUCGAGCUCAAGCCCUCUUCUGCGGGCAGCCAGGGGGCGCAGCCGCAGCACAGCGUCAAGAACAAGCACCACCUCUACCUCCUCGUGGCCAAGUACCUCCGCGCCAACCCCGUCAGCGCCGACUCCCCGCUGCUCUGGGAGCGCAUCCCCGGCGCCCACGCGCCCGACCGCUCCAAGCCGUACCCGCGGCCCGCCGUGCCCAGGGGCUGGAAGAUGCUCGAGCUGCUGCCCUACUACAGCCCCGCCAUGACGGGCGGCGGCGUGUCGGAGAACCUGUUCAAGGACAUGAUGAAGGAGAUGCAAGGGGGCGGCGACAUGGCCAGCAUGCUGCAGGCGGCGGCGGCGGCGGGCGGCGCGGGACCGAGUGGUGCUGGUGGCGGCGGUGGUGCUAUAGAAGGCGGUGGCAAGAAGGGGAAGAAGGGCAAGAAAUAG